CAGUAUUUCUUUCUUUAGGUUUAACUGUCUAUAGAUCUUCUAUUUCGGGCCUCAAAAUGCUGCAAUAUGUAAAAACUGAAAGCAAACUAAUUUAGUAAAUAUACAAAGCAACUUUCGAAGAAACUUGCACGUCCUUUUAAAUGCAGCAUCAUGACAUAACGUUGUAAACGCAAAAAAAAAAAUCCUCGUAGUUUGUAUUGCGCAAACUUAACAAAUAAUAGCGGUUUACUCCAAAUUUAAGGUGUGCCGAAAAUUACGACAUAAGUAAAAUACGAUCAGAAUUCUACCGUCACCCUCCCCCUGUCACCUUACACAGGCCCAAUAAAAAAAGUGUUUUGGCUAAAUUUAGUCAAGCAUCAUCCGUAUUAAAAUAUCACCGAAGCAAACUACGUUACUCGUAGUGUCCCGCCUUCGGAAGGGACGGGCUCUGUUAAAAAAAUGUUACCGUUACCAAGUUCAAGGAGGGGUGCCUGUUAUACGAGAUCUUAAAUCUUUUUAGUACUAGUAUGUCGGCAAGAAUCUGGGACACUCGUUAGAUGUGUUGAAGUUUUGUACUACUAAAGUGCUUUCUGCUUUUCUUUUACAUUUUUACAGUAUACUAACAAAAUAUGUCGGUCAGUAGAGCAAUAAGUGGUGAUCGUCAGACUUCUCACAUUAUUACAAGUAUUUCCUCCGCUUCUUCGGCGGAUUUAGGGACACUAACUACAUGUAACUGUGAGUUAGCAGUGUUACCUGUCCUACAGUUCCUGCAGCAGCAGAAAGAGUACUUCUCUCCGGAGGGGUACAGCAUCACUGUCAACCAUCAUCACGGUGGUGGCUACAACGUGUGUUGUGAAGGGGAGAUUUGGGUGCAGACUCAACGCUUCACUGUUAGCAGCUUCUUAAAGAGGAAAACUGUGCUGAAAUCCCAUGAAGAAUACAGAGACUACAGAGAAAAUCUGUUGAGCAAACCGUUGGUGCUCUUCACCAGUGUCAUAAAGAAUAAUACCGAAUCCCCUGUAGAGAAAACCUUUGCUGUUGUUGUGAACACAAGGCAUCCCAAAAUUAGAAGACAGAUUGAGCAAGGUAUGGAUCAAGCCAUAUCAUCUGCAACAGGAGAGAACUACAGCCUGAAGUUUGAGCUACAGAAUGUCGUAAAGACUUUUUUCUUUCAAGGAGGCUAUUCCACAGAUGGAGAAGGCUUGGAUUUUUCCUAUGAGUUCAAAACAGAUUCCCUCUUUGAUGUCUUCUACAUGCUUGGUUGCAACAAAAGAAAAGCAGAAAUCAAUGGGAAAAUUCUGAAUUUGUCCUGUAAUGUUGAGGAGAAAAAAAAUAAAGUGAAAAUGUUUUUGGAUAAAAUGAGUGAACCAUUUAUUCGAAUCGGCAGUUCAGCGGACCGGAGGUUUAGCAACAUAUCAGUAGGUUCCAAAGAAGAGGAUGAUGUAUUCAGCUGAGAUCAUCUAAAAUCACUUGAACAAAUUUUUGACCAAGCUUUGCUGCACCUGAAAGCAUACCCUUCUGAUGUGCUCGACGUCCAAGGAACCUAAAUAUAUGUGAAGGAUAUUAACCAUGAUGUAGGAUAUUUAUUUUCAUUUGUAAAUCAGGUAGAUAAGGUGAUCCCUGAACACUAUGCCAACUCAUGCAUAAUUAAAUGGAAGCAAAAUUCUAAGCAUAAGGAUAUGUGACUGUGUAUUUGGUUAAGUGGUGUUUAAAUAUGUAUUUGUUUGGAAAAUUAUCAGCAUGCAAAAGCAUUUUAGCAUUAAUGGUAAGCCAAAACUGAAUAAAUUUAAGAGCUUAUAUGAAAAUUA